AUGGAAGUCAAAGACGACGGAGGAAGGGAAGAGAUGGGAUCGGGACUCAUCCCUAACUGGAAUGAGUUGCCUCGGGGAUGUCUUUUAGAGAUCUUGAUACGACUGAGUAUGGAACAAAGAUGGCUCGGACCGAUGUUUGUUUGCAAGACGUGGAUGUACGCAUGUCAGGAACCGUCGCUUAACUCGGUAUUUGAUCUUGAAACUCGGUUUCUCUCGACUCCCGAAUCUCCCACCUAUUGGCGUCAAGAAUUUUCUGAAAAGGUCGACUCGAGUCUCCGAUCUGUUGUCGACUGGAGCAAGGGUGGUCUCACUGAGAUUCGUGUCAGGCACUGUACUGAUCGUGCUAUAUCUUACGCGUCUGAGAGGUGUUCUAAUCUAGAGGUUCUUUGUGUCCCGAGCAGUCCACUUGUCACAGAUUCAUCGAUAACGAAGAUAGCCUCAAACUGUCCAAAGCUUAGGGAACUUGAUAUAAGCUACUCUUAUAAUAUAUCCUACAAGUCUCUAAUAAUGGUGGGGAAGAAUUGCCAAAAUAUGGAGAUACUAAAACGUAAUCUAUAUGUCUUGAGAGAUCAUCGAAACGGGAACAUGGAGGCUGAAGUAAUUGGGAGACUCAUGCCUAAACUGAAGCACUUGGGGCUUCAAUUCUCCACAUUGAAUGGUAAUGGUCUUGCCUCGAUUUGUGAAGGAUGUUUGAAUCUUGAGUACCUCGACUUAUACGGGUGUCCGGCUUUGAGAAGCUGUCAUAUAUCCGCAAGUACACCGAGCUUGAAAAAUCUCAAGGAGAUUAAAUUGCACCCUGGUGUCAUUGCCCAGAGGAGUGGACGACGCAUGCCAGUACCGAAUCGUAAUAGAGUGAUAGACUUGUGA